AUGGACUCCAUUUGGGCCAUCGUCUCAUUAUCCAUUCCAUACUUUCUCUCACUGCUAGUCCUCCUCAUCUUCAUUGAACAGACCUCUUAUCUCAAGAAAAAGGGCUCUCUCCCAGGCCCAUAUUUGGUCCUCCCUUUCAUCGGCAACGCCAUCUCUCUGGUUCGCAACCCAACCGACUUCUGGGACCACCAAUCAGCUCUCGCCAAGUCAUCCCACCUCGGCCUCUCGGCCAACUAUAUCAUCGGUCGUUUCAUCCUCUUCGUCCGUUCCUCCGACCUCUCUCACCGAAUCUUCUCCAAUGUCCGACCCGACGCUUUCCACCUCGUCGGCCACCCUUUCGGCAAGAAACUCUUCGGCGAUCACAAUCUCAUCUACAUGAUGGGCCAGGAUCAUAAAAACCUCCGCCGUAAGAUCGCCCCCAACUUCACUCCCAAAGCACUCUCCACCUACACCGCGAUACAGCAUAACAUUAUCCACAAACACCUCACCAUGUGGGCCCAUAGAUUCAGCUCUAAUUCGGAGUCUGUCCCUCUCCGAUUGCUCUGUCGCCAAAUGAAUUUAGAGACCUCACAGACUGUUUUUGUUGGGCCUUACCUGGACCCACAAGCCCGAGACAAAUUCAAUCGCGAUUACAAUCUCUUCAAUGUUGGAUUGAUGAAGUUACCCAUUGAUUUUCCUGGUUUCGCAUUCAGAGAAGCAAGACUCGCCGUGGAGAGACUCGUCGGAACCUUAGCUCUCUGCGCCGACGAUAGCAAGAAGAGGAUGAAGGCCGGACACGAGCCGACGUGUCUGAUUGACUUCUGGAUGCAAGAUAUAGUUAGAGAAUGCGCCGCCGUGGGGGCGGAUUCCGGUGAGUCGGAGUCGCCGCACACGGCGAGCAUCGAGAUCGGCGGCCACCUCUUCGAUUUCCUCUUUGCCUCUCAGGAUGCCUCCACUUCGUCGCUGCUGUGGGCGGUGACAAUGCUGGACUCGCAUCCGGAGGUGCUCGCCAAGGUCCGGAAGGAGGUGGCUGGGAUAUGGUCGCCGGAAUCUGACUCGCUGAUCACAGCGGAGCAGCUGUCGGAGAUGAAGUACACUCAGGCGGUGGCGAGGGAGGUGAUCAGGUUGCGUGCGCCGGCAACAAUGGUUCCGCACAUUGCCGGCGAGGACUUUCAAUUGACGGAAUCUUACACGAUACCGAAAGGCACGAUCGUCUUUCCAUCCGUUUUUGAGUCUUCGUUCCAGGGGUUCACGGAACCGGACCGGUUCGAUCCCGACCGGUUCAUGGAGGCGAGACAGGAAGAUCGGGUUUACAAAAAGAACUUUCUGGCUUUCGGAGCUGGGGCCCACCAGUGUGUGGGGCAGAGGUAUGCAUUGAACCAUUUGGUUCUCUUCAUCGCCGUAUUCACUUCGUUGAUUGAUUUCAAGCGCCACCGAAUGGACGGCUGUGAUGACAUCGCUUAUACCCCCACCAUCUGUCCCAAAGACGAUUGCAGAGUGUUUCUCUCAAGGAGGUCCGCAGGCUAUUCCUCCCCCUCCUGAAAUUACAAAGUCACCCUUUUCAAAGUGGAUGUAUUUAUCGUAGUUCUUUGCCACAUUACAAAAGAGGUAUAGCAGUGUUCACUGUUCAAUGCCAAAAAAAAUGUGGUCAUGUCACUUGUGUGUCUUGUUAAUUUUGUAAUUUUUUGUAAUGUGUGAAUAGAUCAAUUGAUCAAGUAGCAUAAUUCUUUUGAGAGAUUUGUAUGGCAUUUGAUGUGGUGGGAAAAAAAAAAAAAAAAUUUGAGUUGGUGCAAAGAAUCAAUAAAGAUUGAUUUUUUUAUUUGAUAUGAUAGUGUUGCAUUUUGUUUAUUUUUGGGUACACGUAUAA